AGCUUGUUUCCAUGACGACGCGGUGACUCGUUAGCAUUUUGCUGCAGCAGCCUAGCAUCGCUGCACGGAGAUGGCCAGCUUUAAAUUUUCGUUAUAAUGACCAGUUAAAUAUUUUCCCAAGCGAGGCCGGUGCGUGUGUUUUUAUGGCGGCUCCAAAAUGAUGACUUUCCAGCUUAAUCCAUCGCUACCAACCGCAAAGGCUUUGAUAUCGCAGGGAAGCUCAAAUUGCGGCCAGCGCGGCCCUGACGUGUCUGGAUAUCCAGCAUUCAGUAACUUCAGGAUGGGAGCAGGAGGGGGACCAGCAGCUUUCAGACAAAAUACUCUCUUACGGAAGACAUUUCCUCCGAUACAGCCCUUGAACAGUGAGUAUGCGUACUCUGAAAUACCUGCUCUGCAUCCAGAUGCUGCAGCUAGCCUGACGUAAUGUUAAAUGGAUGCUGACCAUCAGUCCUCUAUCUCUGCUGUAGAGUCCAGGGACUGGAAAGACCUGGUCAGUGACUUCAUUGUUAGAGGGUAAGAUCAAGACAAUUGCUAUUAGCACAAUAACAUUUAUUAUUAAUAAUAAUAAAAGAACAAAUGGGUUCAGUUUGCUGCAUUUGUCACAUUAUUUGCUGGAGUUGGUUUUCUUCCAACCUGUGUGCUGGUAUUGCUGACUUUGGUUUCUCCCCUUUUCAAUAUGUGUAGGUCACCUAACUUAGCCAAAGAUGUCAAAUUGGAGUUGGAAAACAGUGACCCCAAAAUGGACCUCUGUGGCAGACAGCUGCUUUUUGAUGAUAAAUGUAAGAACUGAUGAACAGUGGUUUAUCUUUUUAUUAUUGUAGUUGAUAGAGGUAAAGAAGUCUCUGUAUUUUGUCUAUCAAACAUGUAAUUACCACUUUUGACCUUAGAAGUGGAUACACAUUGAAUUUGAGGCUCCUUCCUGGAUUUUAACCCCUGCUAUCAGUAGAUGGCGCUGUUGUCUCAUAUUAGAGUAAAUGGUUUCCCUUCACUGUCAGAUAUUACAUCCUUCAGGUAGAAUUAAAGGUUCUUGUUGUCGCAUGUUAUUUGCUCUGUUCCUUAGAUAUUGUUGACAACAUUGAAUUGACAAUUUGAGAAUUGUUGCAUUUACAGGUACAAGGCUAGAGAGAACCAGAACUGUGAUGCCUCCACUGACAAGGGACUACCAUGUGAACAGAGCUGGCAACUUGCCGCCCUUCAGACUGUCCAAGGAGCUUUUUCAUAGCCACGCUGGGCGGCCCUUCACCCUGGGGUAACAACUGGAUUAAUGUUUCAGUCCAGUAGUUUGAGCUGCACUCUUCAUUGCAUAUUUAUGGAAGCAGCUGCACAGAUUGCAGUAAUGGAAUGAGUCACUCUCUGAUAUAUGAGUGAUUUAAGACAGGAAUAUAAAACGAGAAAAAGGCAGACUGAUACUAUUAAUAUUGUGACAUGCGUUAUUUAUCUGUUACAAACAGAAAGGGACAAGUGGUUGCUCAAUGUUUAAUAUUCUGCUCGUGUGGGAUGCACGAUUAUAGCUGAAGUUAUUUUGCAGGGCCAAGAGAUAUCAGUUAAUUAAAUACCAUUACUCCUUCAUUUGUGGGAAGAGUUUUGUUAGAUAGCACUUAUUGUAAAUAACAGAACUCAACUUUCACAUUAAAAGUUUUGCAAAUCAAAGAAAUUUCACUCAGCUCCUUGUGAAGCUAAGUUGUACUGGGAAGAAAAACAGAAACAGGGACAAGAAUAUGUUAUUUCAACAGCACUCUGUGGAGACAUGCAGCAUAUUUUCAUUUCUGUUUCAGUCACCCUGAAAGAUAUGAACUCGGCACAACUCCAGAAAUUAUUUUUCCCUCCACUUUGGUCCUAAAUGGACGAAACACCUUCUCAGUGGGGAACUGCAAGCUCAGCAGGUACCAUUUGCCUUUGAACAAAGUCAGACCAGGCCAAUCAAUAGUUCUCUCAAUUAUUCCUGUGCCCUAUGCCUCUUCUGCUUUAUUUCCGUUCUGCAGGCCGAAGGUGAAUUACCCUACCUACACUCUGCAGACUGUUAGAGACAAUCAAAAGAGUAAGUUGUUUUGAAGCUAUUACUGUGAAGCCAAGACUUUUUAAGUACAUGGUUGGUUAUCCUUUGGUCAGGUAUUUGUUGCGGUCUUGUAAAGUCAAGUCAGAAUGUCUUGUCUGCAAGUGAAAGGGGUGGGAGUGCAACCUUCAACCUGUCCAGGUGUUAAUGUUGAUUUAUUGGCUGCAAAAGUGACUUGCUUUAUGGAUGUUGCUUCUUCAAACAAAGUGGAACAAGGGGCCGCAGAGAGAACGGGUGUGUUUAGUGUUUUCAGCUGGUGUUAAGGGUCUUAUUUUUAACUUUUGCUCCAGUUUUUUUAAGCAAAACCUCUGCUAAUGCUCCCAUUUUAUGUUACUAUUUACAAGUUUCAUCUCUGGCAAUCAUGAUAUAUCUGAUAUAGACAUAUCUGAAAGCCAGCAUGAAGAAACACCACAUACAUUGUGUUUUUGUCCAAAUGGCUCUUGUUUACCUGUUACCAAUGUCUGUUUGUCCCCACCUGCGUUGGUUUAGACCAGUCCUUUCCAGACCCAAUGGUCGGAGCGCCCCGCUCUUUCAUGCAGAGGGUCACUGAGCUGUCCUCUCUGGAGGGGGAGACGUUGAGACAAGAAAAGCUGAAGAAAAUGAAGAAACAGAGGAAGCCUCCAUCCUGACAAUCACCUUCUCCCCAGUCACACGGGUUAAGGAUCAAAACUUUGGAGUCUGUGCCAACAAGGUCAGAGCAAAAUAAAACCCUAUGGGCACCCUGUUCCUUUCGGUGUCUUUUUCUUAGCGCUUGUUUGUCCUCGGCGACAUUAGUUUCCUGCUUAACUUGGCUGAUCUUCACAUUUUGGGAUUCCUGACCUGAGUUCCUCUCCUUUAGAAAUGAUAUGCAGUAUUUGCUAUGAGAAAUUGCAGCGUUUGCUACCAAAAUAGAUGCUGAAACUUAUAUAUAAUAUGAAGUAUUUUCUAUUCUGAUGUCACAGCUGCAUGAAAAGAUAUUUAUUUUACCUCUCUAAUGGCUUGUAAUGGCUGUUAUGUAGUACUGCCAUAUUCCUCAUUGUAUCAUCAGUGUGUUACAGAUAUUGUCAGGAUUGACCUCAUUACAGUAGUGUUUUAAACAUUGCCGUUUAGAUAUUGAUUUAGCUUUGUUGAGUAAGAGGACUAUCUAUGAACAUAUGAUAUAGUUUAGCAAAACCAUUAUUGUGCCUUGUUAAACGUCUUCCUGAAAUUGAAUAAAUUUAUUUUUGUUAUUGGACUCUU